CUGCCCUGUGGAGCACGUGCGCACAUGGAAAAGCCAGCCCAUCGUCAACGGCAGACCAGCAGGGAACAUACUGCUGACCAGCCACCUGGUCUUCUCUGGAGUGAAGAUUGCCCCUACGCUGCGGAUGCUACGCCAUAUGAACGUGCAGGUCAUCUCCGACUCGAGCUUCUACGAGCAUCGGAAGGCCUUCGCUCUACCUGCAAUCCACAAGGUCUGGCUGCAAGAGCAACAAGAACUUCUCAACGAGUUGCAGAACAAAGAGGUGGACAUCUCUGCUGACGGGAGAUUUGACUCCCCUGAGUUCUGUGCCAAGUACCUGACGUACACAGUCCAUGUCGAGCAAAUCAACAAGAUUCUACACUCUGUCCAGGUCCAGCUAAAAGAGUCUGAACAGGCCAUGGCCAGUGUCAACAUGGAGAAGGAGGGCCUCCUCAAGCAGCUGCAAUUCUUCAAGGAGAAAGGUAUCAAGAUCCGAUCGUUGGUGACUGACCGUCACCCUGCCACACGAAAGCACAUGAAGACGCACGAACCCGGGAUUGACCACUUCUUUGACAUAUGGCACAUCUCCAAAAGUGUGAAAAAGAAGCUGACAGCAGCAAGCAAACGGGCUGGAUGCCAAGACCUGCAAAUCUGGAUCCAGACAGCUACAAACCAUAUGUACUGGUCAGCAAGGGCUGCAGGAGGCGACGAGAAACUGCUCAUCGACAUCUGGCUCAGCAUGCACAACCAUGUCAUCAACAAACACUCGGGGCACGAAGGAACCUAUGGAAGGUGCCUCCAUGGUGACAUGCCAGAGCCAACACGACCAUGGAUGGAUCCCAACUCGCAGGCCUACAACCAAUUCAAGAGCAUCACUGGCAACAAACUGCUCCUGAAGGACCUUGCACAGAUGUCUCCCCAUGCGUCCUGA